UAACCACCUCCGAGUCGCGACUGUAUUCAGUUUCAACCCUACCACUUUUUCGUCAUUCGAAACAAUGCCCAAGCGCAAAAACGACGCGCCUGGCAAUGGCAAGGCAAAGAAGAAGAGAGCCAUUUCAGACGACGAGGCUCACAAGAAUUUCCGCAAAGGACUCUUUGACACCAAGGUGCUCGACGGAUAUACGAACUAUUACGCAGAGUCACAACCAUACAAGCACGCCGUAAUACAGAACCUCGUCGACGACAAGCUCCUCCGCAAUGUCCGUAACGAAAUUCGCGAGCACAUCUCCUUCACGCCGAAAGAGACGGACAUCUACAAGAUCCACCAGUCUGGCGACUUGGCUAAUCUGGAUGGCCUCGACGACUCGGCGCUCAAGCGCUUACCUUCGCUUCUUACUCUUCGCGACUCGCUGUACUCGUCCGCUUUCCGCAAGUACUUGUCUUCGAUAACACAGUCUGGGCCGCUAAGUGGUGUGAAGACGGACAUGGCUGUGAAUGUGUACACACCGGGCUGCCACUUGCUAUGCCACGACGAUGUUAUUGGGAGCCGGCGCGUGAGCUGGAUCUUGUAUUUGCUAGAUCCCGAUAUCCCGUGGAAGCCAGAAUGGGGCGGUGCGCUGCGAUUAUAUCCUACCGAGCAUUUGAAGACACCAGAAGGCGACAAGGUCAAGGUACCGCAGCCCGACUUUUCGCUCUCGAUUCCACCCGCUUGGAACCAGGUGUCGUUUUUCACAGUACAACCUGGAGAGAGUUUCCAUGACGUAGAGGAGGUGUAUAGGAGAGGCCUCGAAGAGGAGGCAGAAGAAGACGGAGGGCGCGUCCGCAUGGCUAUCAGUGGUUGGUUCCACAUCCCGCAAGAAGGUGAAGAGGGCUUCGAGGAGGGUCUCGAAGAGAAGCUGGCAGAAAAGAGUUCCCUUGCUCAGCUACAAGGAGGCAAGGCCGACAUUUUCGACGAGCCGCAAGCAAAGUGGAUCGACAACCUGGACUGGGAAGAGCAGGCAAAGCAGGAGGACGAUGAGCUGACCGAGAAUGACAUCGACUUCCUUAUCAAGUACAUGAAUCCGAACUACCUCACGCCGGAUACGGUCGAAGAGCUGUCGAAGAUGUUCUCUGACGAAUCUUCUUUGAGGCUCGCUGAGUUCUUGUCUAACAAGUUUUCCACAAGGUUACGGACUUACCUCGAAUCCAAGGAUAGUGAAAAGAACCCCAGCUUACCAGCAAACCCCCACCACAAGGAGUCAAAAGUCGGUGUUGCGCGACCACCACAUAAGCAUCGCUACCUUUACCGUCAGGCUGUUCAACCUAUUCCUACCACUCCUUACCCCGAAAACGACGGGAUGACACCCUACGAUGACCUCGUCGACAUCCUUUUUCCCCACCCCGCUUUCAUGAAGUGGAUCUCGCUUGUCACUGGAAUCACCCUGACCAAGAGCAACAUCUUUGCGCGCCGCUUCCGACGAGGUCUAGAUUACACUCUCGCAACCGCAUACGAGGAAGAAGACCCACAGCUCGAAGUCUGUCUCGGUAUUACACCCUCCAAGGGUUGGGGUGAUGAAGACGAAGAGCCGGAAGAGGAAGACGCACCGCAGCAGAACGGUAGCAGUAGUAGCUCAAGCAAGUCUAAGAAGAAAGGCAAAGCACCCGUCCCCGAACCCAAACCCGAAGAAGAAGUCGGCGGUUACGAAAUGUACAUGGCAGGCGAAGAUCCCGACGACGUCCCCAAUGUUUCUGCCGAGUCAUCAACUGCUACAGGCGCAGGCCAGCGUCGCAAAGCUAAAGCCGAUCCUGCCAUUUACAAGUCUGCAGGCGACGAUGAGGACGACGGCAUUCUAUUUAGCCAGCCUGCAGCCUGGAAUAACAUGGCGAUUGUACUGAGAGACAGAGGAGUAUUGCGGUUUACGAAGUAUGUCAGCCAGAGUGCGAAGGGGGAUCGCUGGGAUGUUUGUGCAGAGUAUGGUGUUGAAUUUGGGGAGGAUGAGGAUGAUGAAGAUGAAGAUGAAGAUGAAGACGAGGACGAAGAAGAGGAGUAAGUGUUUAGGAUGAAUGUUGAUAAGGAUGGGGGUGAGACAGACGAUAUGGACCGAUGUCGUGGUGUCGAUGCGUAUUUUCUUAGGAGCGAUGUAAAUGGGCGAGUCUAACAAAGUGACGAUCUAGGUUUGGUAUAGAUCACGAUAUGAUGUUAUGAAUACAUUUUCGUUCCUUGCAAUAAGAUGGACUUUGUGCACUAAUUACCCCGCUAGCGACUAAACAUCUAACGAGAAGACAUCACUAUCAAUGGAAACUGUUUCUGCGCA